ACAAACACUCACUCGCCUAUGAUUUUUUCAACCGAGACUGAAGGCCAUAUCUAUUUCUCCAACCUCAUGCGCAUCCUUACCAUAACUAUUUUACGCACAGGAGGUCGCCGUCGGCCAAUCUUCCAUCUUUCAUCCACCUCAUGGGCCUCUCGUCCUGGCCCACCUCGCCGAGAAUGGCCAGGUCGACAUCAUGCUCAGAUCACCUCCACACGCCUCAUUCACUACCAGCUCGAUUCUCUGUGACCGUUUCAGGCCACUGAGCGAAACAUGCUGGCCUGGCUUCCAACCAUCCCUCACUGGAUCUUCAAAAAAGACUGAAUGCGGGUAAUAAUGGAGUCCGGGUAGUUGAGGUGCACAUACUGCUCAGACAUCCCAACGAAGCAACCCAUCGCCGAAAUUAUGACAGCAAACAAACGACCGGAUCCGUCCGGCCAAGGGGUCCGUAACGACCACCUAUUUGAUCGAUUUGGAGGCGAUAGUGGUCAUUUAGACACUCGCGCAGUCGGCUGGAGUGCGGGGUGUCUACUGCUGGCGCCUGUCUGAUCUGGAUUCAACGAAGAUGCACAACCUGCAUUUGGGGCGUCUUCGUAUCAACAUUGGGCGCACUUCAACGGCCGGAACGACGUCGCCCACAGAUUUCCCCCCCUGUUUAUGGGUGACGUAUCUAUCAACCUGGCACACUUUCCGGGGCUCUGGGCAGGGACUUGCCCCACAGCAUGGCGUCUUGCGGCUCGAGUAGAUUGCUCGACUUACCCAACGAGCCUGGAUACUAACUUGAACUGCGUCCAAGCCAUCACUGGGUAUGGAUGGAUGUUUUACGUGCAUUCGGCCAGACUUUCCGCCCUCCGCUGCUCACUCAGUCGUCACUGGGAGCUCUUCAACGAAGUGGCGACUGCUGUCUGACGCCCUCAGGCUGUAUGGCCUCGCGGGUCGCUAGCAGCUGGAGGCGAACGGGAUGAUUGCAUGGGAUGUGGGGUGGGACGCGCACAGGAGAAGGCGGCACUGGGCUUGCAAAUCGUAAAAUUGCAUGAUAUCAUAGGUAGUUUGGCGGGUGCGCGUCCAGCUUCCUGUCCAACUGCAUCAUGACGGGGUGCGGGCAGGGAAGCCUAGGCUUUGGAGCCAGAACUGCGCGGCUUGAAGUCGCCUGGCUAUCACUAAGGGGAGCCUUGGUUUGUUAGGUGGCCGUUGCUUGCCUAUGUUCAGAGUGGCUCUGAACCUCUCCAGGGAGGCGGAGAAUGAGGAAGAUGAGGCAAAAAGAGAGAACAAAGGGAAGGCAUGGAAUCGGGCAUGGGUGGCGCCUGAUCGACCACCUUGUCCGUCCGUCCUACAUGGUGGCCCGAGUCUGGCCUAUUUAGGCCGUCGAGGGACAUCCCACCUUUCACAAGGUGGCGCUUCGAGCUCUACGCGCUACUAGGCUUCCUGACACGCUAUGAUGACUGGGAAUCAGGCAAAGGAGCAUUGAGCACACUUGCACGCCUAUUCUCGCAUCGAAGAUAGCACGAGAGCGGUCGGAAGCUGCGGCUGGAGGGGCUACAGCCUUAUCGACCCCAUCACUCGCCGAUUGCCUCGACCUGGCAUUCUUGUCCGAGUGCACCAGCCUCGAGACCAAGCCAUUCAACACACGACGUCAACGUGCCCGGAUAGCCGUGCGAUAGAUCUGGCUAGACGAGCAACUGCCGAGGCAACCUCGGUAUCGUGUCUCUAGAGCGCAUGAGUUUCUCUAGUUUGUGGAACGGGUACCUAGAGCCGCCUCCUUUGGGAGGUGCUGCCCAAGCCCAAGGAGCGACUCUCGAGCAUCGACGCUGGAAAAUCUCGUUUGCGCCGCGCCUCGAGCCUUCGACGGUCACAGGAGAGGACCACCCGUGAGAGCAACACCAGUCCUGCAUACCCAUUACGUGCAGAAACCAUUCGCUUAUGGGCUUGGCUUGGGCGCGUGUCUUUUGGGCAACGUAGGCCGCGUCCGGCUGCCGGCCACAUAACCAGUGCACACAACAGCUAGCCGCUCUGGCUGAGGUGGACGCAACAGCCUUGUCCAAGCUUCAUCCCAUCGCACCAAGUCCACGCAGACAGCCUCUCUGCAGGACUAGCACCACCCGCUCCUGUCUGCGCUCGACUUACCACCUAAUGUACCCACAGCUUAUCACUCUCCGCAGCAGGUCAUCCUCAAAUCGCUCCUGAAAAGACAAAUCAAACAAACGCCCGCCAGAUUGCCCGCAGGCAAAUUGCCAACACGGGCCGGCAAAGCUCGCCAGGCCGUUCCUCUUCAAUCGAGUUGUCAUUCAAUCUCAACCCGAUCUAGGAAUCUUCGCCAUCGCCCAAUUCCCGCGCCGGCUGAGGUAAUCUGCCUGCCUGCUCGAAUCACCGUAGACUCGAGCCUCGCGUCGCGCCAACCACCAAAAUCGUGCGUCCUGCUUUUGCCCAGUGCUCCACCAAGAAGAAAGAAAAAAAAGACAAAGGACGCGCGGCGGAGGCCUUUUUAGUAUUCGCUACGUUGGCUUUAGCCACGUUUUUGCCUGCACCAAAGGCAAGCAGCGCCCUCUGCUAGGCUGGAUGUGUGCGCGGGCUCAGGUCACACAGUGUGUGCUCCAGCGGGCUGUCGGUGCCUGUUGCCAGCAGUUUGGGGCGUGGGCGGCCGCUGAAACGCGGGUCCUCCAGCGAAAGCGACAGCGGGCCCGCAGCGCAGUGCAGCAAGGCUGGAGGGCGACAUCCUUGUCUGCUCGGCUCAGGUCCCGCCUUGACCAGCACUAAAACUCAAAUCCGAAUCUCGUGGAGCCACAGCCAUGGACCUCAAACCACGUUAUCGCCAUCACAAUGCUGCAAUGCCCGACGACGGCCGCACCAGCACCAACGGUGACGAGCGCAGUGACCGACGCCCGAGGCAUGACAGAGGCAUGAAUCCAGCGCGUAGAUCCCCAUCCUCCCCACCCCCCUUCGCCACCGAUUUGACGCAACGCCCUCGCGAGAGCCGCCGGAAGCCGACCAGGGCUCGCUCGCUCACGCGGCCCGACACCACCACGCCCGCCCCCGACUCGAGGCCCGGGGACCUCGACCGGCCUCAUCCCCCGCCCGACCCCCAGCGACACCAGCGCCGCAAGUCGCCGGGCCCGAGUCGAGAUCGCCCGCGCCGCCCCGAGAGGCCGCGCUCUCGCCCUCCCCGCGGCGACCCUCGCGGCCCUCGCGACCUGCCUGACCACCAGCCCUCCCUCGACCCCCGUCUCGACCGCUCGCGCCAGGAGCCGCAUCCGCGGGACAAGGAACGUCAUCAGCCCGUCGCUAGAGAUAGUGCGCAUCGCGCAGCCGCCUCUCCGCCGCCGUCCGCUAAACGGCCACGGAGCCCCGGCCCUCCGACAUUCGCAGACUUGGAUCCGUCGGCGAAGAGACCUCGACACGACGACCACAGUCCCCAUCGCCCCGACCAGUCCUAUAAAGACCAGCAGCAAUACACCCAGCAUCCCGACCAGCGACGAGGAGGCCGUCGAGACGAGGGACCUCGGCGUCCAGAUUCGCCCUUUGGUCGACGCUCGCUGUCCCCUGAACGCGACCCGCGACGCGACAAGCGAUCGAAAAAGAAGAAGAAGAAGAACAAGAAUCGCCGCGGCCGAUCAAGGUCCCCAGGCCCGAGAGGUCGAGACGGGGGCCCGCCGCCCCGCGACCCGCGUGACCAACAAGCCCGACCGCCUGGCCCCUAUAAUCGAAGAGACUCACCCCUAGGCAGAGGAGGUUACUCGCGCUCACCACAACCCCCGGGGUUGCGACGGCCGUCCUUCUCCCGCGGCCGCUCUCCAUUCUCACCUAGGCGAGCCGCUGGGGCAGGCGAGCGGGUCCCGACCUCAUCGCCGGUCGACGCCCAGUCUCGUGACCGGAACACGCCCGACAGAGACCACCACCAUCACCCCGACGCGCAGCGUAGACACCACCAUCAAGGAGAAGGCCGUUCUCUACCGCCGCCACGGCGCGAGCGCGAGCGCGAGCGGGAACGUGAGCCUAGGAGCAAAAGGGGCAGGAAUCGUGAAGAGCGUUCCUCCCGCAAGUUCCAGCCACAGGCAUCAGGCGCCAACAGUAUAGAGGUCAACAUGUCGGCCAGAGGUGGAGGGCACCGAGGCGGAUACAACUCGGGCGGCGGGUAUUCAAUGAAGGGUUCCUACAGUCAGGGGAUUCCGUCGCACCACCAGGGCCCUAGGCGGUUCUCUCAAUCGUCAGGCCACGCCACUCCUCAUUCAUCCUUCCAUGGAUCACCGCCACCUCCACAGUCGCCCUACGGCGGGAGCCAGACUUGGGGAAACAACCAACCGCAACAGCAACAGUAUACGUCACCGAGUCAACACCCUCCCCAAUAUCCCCAAGGCGGAGGAGGCUACACACCGACGGGCCCGCAUAGCCAGUUCCAUCAAGCACAUUCCCCUUCGUACGGACCGCCGUCAGGACCAAGCCCUCAGUAUUCCGCAUACCCGCAAGGCCCCGGGCGGGGAGGCUAUAGGAAUGGCUCUGGCGGCUUCCGUGGUGGCAACACCUCUAAUAGUAGCGGACGCGCCGGGUAUCGUGGCAACAGCUUUAGGAGCACCCACUCGAAUGGCAGCCUGCAUGGCGGCAGUGGCCACACAAGUCCUGCGCCCGCAUCCAACAAUGGCGACGCGACCGUUGAGCCGCACAAGGAGGCGAAUGGGCCCCAUGCGCCACAACCGGACGACACCGCGGAGGAAGACAAUCCGUUCAGGCCAUCCAAGGACUUGCAGGUCGAGGAUACCAGCCCGUCCGCGCAGCCUGCUAGUGAUUCACUACCGCUUCACCAGCAACAGGACGAGUCUCUUGAGGAACAACAGCAGGAUCGAGUACAGGACGAAGGACAGGAACAACAGGAGGAGCAACAUCAUGAACACCAAGAUAUGCCACCCCCAACGGCGAGACAGCCUCCCACUGGUCCGCAAAACACAAAGAUCAAGUUCCAAAUGAGGAGCUCCAAAGCACCGGCCACAAUGCCCAAACCCGAGAUCUCAUCCAAAUUCAACGCCAUCCCCCAGCAGCACCAACAACAGCAGCAACAGCAACAGCAGCAGCAGCAGCAAAACCACCAGCAGUCACAAAAGUCACAAUCACAGCGCCCUGACUCUUCCAAGCAUGAUCGAGAUUUCCCCCGCAAUGCUCCGACAGAGCCCGCAGCGGCGAGGCCUAGGAAUGACCGCGGGCAACGGCCACCUCAUGACGCUCCCCGACAGCCCCAGCAGCAGCAACAGCAGCAGGCGCCACAGCCGCGAUUCAGGAUGGUCAAGAAGUUGAUGAAGCGCCCUGUUCGGAAAGACCCCUUACCUGCCGAGCUAGCAACCUCCGGGUCUGUCUUCUAUCGCAAGCCCGGAAACGAGUCGGUCGUCGGCUCGGGAACCUACGGAAAGGUGUUCAAAGCUAUCAACGUAUACACCAAGAACCUGGUGGCGCUGAAGAAGAUCCGCAUGGAGGGCGAGCGAGAUGGAUUUCCCGUGACCGCGGUGCGCGAGAUCAAGCUGCUGCAGUCGCUCAGGCACAUAAAUAUCGUACAGCUGCAGGAGGUCAUGGUGGAGAAGAACGACUGCUUCAUGGUGUUUGAGUACCUGUCGCACGACCUGACGGGCCUUUUGAACCAUCCCAGCUUCAAGCUGGACGCGGCGCAGAAGAAGCACCUGGCCAAGCAGAUGUUCGAUGCUCUCGACUAUCUGCACCGCCGCGGAGUGCUGCACCGAGACAUCAAGGCAGCCAACAUUCUGGUCAGCAACGACGGUGUUCUCAAGCUUGCCGACUUUGGAUUGGCUCGCUUCUACGCGAAGCGUCACCAGCUCGACUACACAAACCGCGUCAUCACCAUCUGGUAUCGCUCGCCCGAGCUGCUUCUGGGCGAGACCCGCUAUGGCCCAGCCGUCGACAUCUGGAGCGCCGCCUGCGUCAUGGUCGAGAUCCUGACGCGCUACGCCAUCUUCCCGGGCGAGGGCGGCGAGAUCAGCCAGCUCGACAAGAUCUGGGCUGUCUUGGGCACGCCCAACCGAUCCGAGUGGCCAGGACUUGUCGACAUGCCCUGGUUCGAGCUGUUGCGCCCUUCGUUCCGCCGCCCAAGCACGUUUGCAAAGCUGUAUCGUGAGCGCCUAACUCCCGCCGCCUUUGCGCUUCUUGAGGCCAUGUUUCGUUUCGACCCGACCAAGAGACCAUCAGCCGCCGAGGUCCUUGAGCACCCGUACUUUGCCGAGGAGGAGCCGGCUCCAAGGCAGGCUGUCGAACUUGCAGCCAUCGACGGCGACUGGCACGAGUUCGAGUCGAAGCAGCUCCGUCGCAAGAACGAACAGAAGGAGAAGGAAGCGAGGAGAGCCGCAAAGGAGAAAGAGAGGGAGAGUGUCAACGGCAGAGACGCGUCGACAGCCGCGGGCAAGGACAAUGGCGACAAUAGGAAGCGCCCCCACGAGUCGGCGAGUCACGACCAGCGCCAGCGCGACCCUAAAAGGCAGCACGUGGACGAACGCUCAGCACAACAACCAAGCGACUCGGCUCAAGCAGACAAACAUGAACAGAAGCAAUCCGGCGAAGCUGACUUGGCCGGCUCAAAGGCCGCCGCCGCUGCACCAAAUCCAGAACCAGCACCAGGGGGUUCGACUAUGGUGGUUGUGAGCGCUACUACGAGCGACGCCUAAGCUACUGCUGUAGACCCCAGCCGGAGGUCCCGGCAUGUGGACUGGACUUUUUGCUGUCGAGAUGCCCCGAAUGAAACUCUUCUUUCGUAUCUAUACUAUGGUUGGGCAAAAGGGGACGGAGGGGGGGCUUUCUUUUUCUUUUUCUUGUUUUUCCUAUCCUAUUUUCUUUCCACCUCUUGUUCACAAUUAAUAUGUAUGUGGUUGAUCGUGUCGCCACUUGCGCUGUUCUUGCUAUAUCGCUAGGUGCCCUUAAGGCCAGGUGAUUGACGAGAAAACAAAUGAAGGACACACAAAAAAAAAACACUGGAAGAGUUCGCGUACGAGUGAGUGGCCGAGAUGGGGGGUUGGGGCAAAAGGGUGGGAAACGGCUUCGGGGCAGCUAGCGCGGCCAGUAGCGUCUUGCAUGUUGUACCUAAUACAUGAGCGGAGAGGCCCUUUUUUUUUUACACAUGUGCCGGGCAUUAUCGAACCAUAUUUCUAUACGACCAGGGCCAUCUGGCCCAAGAGCCGCAGGGGAUGGGCACGGUGUCCUGGUACUCGCCGAC